AUGACUACUAACGGAAAGGGAAAAGUACCAGAGACCCCCCAACCAAAACCAAAAAAGAUUUUGCCACAUCCUUCUAUCAAUAAUAGUAGACCAAAUGGGGAAAAUUCUCUCAACGAAAGCAUUUAUGCAACGAACGAUUGGGCAGAUGAAUCAGAAUACCUCCACCUAAAUUCUAAAGAUUACGCCAAACCCAUUAACAAUAUCAAUGACCACGAACAACCUGAUAGAAUGGACCUUCUAAUGACUAAACUAGACGCA